AUGUUCCUAUUAAAUUUUACUUUCACUAAAUCAUUUUUAUGGGAAUGGAGUAGUAAAUCAUAUCAUGUAUUUAAUUCUAGGAUAUAUUAUCUAUUUAUUAUAACAUUUGGUUUCAUACUUCUGACUAGUGUAUCUCUAUUAACUAGUUCAUCAUCAAAUGAAUGGAUUAGUUCUGAUUUAAUUCCUUGUUUGAAUGAAUCCAUCAAUGUAAAUGUUGUAAAUCAAUCAUCGUUGUGUCCUCAAUACAUUUCACAGAUCAAUAAUUAUACAUAUGGAGCCUCCACUUCAUAUCAUCAACAUAUCUAUUCAAAGCCACCGCACUCAUCAUCAUCACCAUUACUCAGGAAUAAACGUUUAAGUGAUUCACAUUCACCACCCCAUAUAAUUCCAGAUUUACCAAGUUUAUUAAGAUUUUUUGAUCGUACUGGUCUACAAGUACUUUGUCGUGCUGCUGGUAAUCCUACUCCACAAAUUCGUUGGUUCUCUUUACCAACUAAUGGUCGACCGACAACAGCUAGUGUAGAUCGUCUAUUCACUAAUGGUGGGAGUAGUAGUAGUAGUUCAGGAAUUAUCGGUUCAACUGUUAGUCCUUCUGCAUCAUCAUCGUCUGGUUAUGCUGUUAAUUAUCAAACUAUCGAAUUUCAAAAUGAUGAAAAUUAUAUUAGUGAACUUGGAUAUAGCAGUCGUGUCAGAGAAACACCUCAAGCAGAUCAUCAUCAGGAAUUCUCAUCCGCAUCCACGGAAAAUCUCUUACCAUCGUCAUCGUCACCUAGUCAACAACAACUCAAUACAAAUACUGUCACAAGUAACAGUGGUGGUAACAGUGCUACUGGUACUAUCACCAGUUCAAAUAAUGUCAUGAACGAUAUAAAACCAAAUUCUAAUAAUCAAAUACUUGUUGGUAAUGGUUGGCUGAAUUUCACUGCAACACGUUCAUCAACAAUGAGAAUGGUAUUUUUUUGUCAAGCUGAAAAUUAUCUUGGCCAGGCUAGAUCACGCAAAAUGGUGAUUCAUCAAGUUCCUAUGCCAGAUGAAAAUUUGAAAAUAAUCUACAACACAUUCCCAAUUAAACCAAGACAAAAAGCUGUUAUUAGUUGUCAACCUGAACAGGGUAUAUUCAAUCGAUUUUUAAAAGUGAAAUAUUGGGAAGUUUAUUUAAAUAAAACAUUAAUUUCAACAGUAGAUCAUUCAUAUGGCCGUUUCAGUAUGAUCAAUGUAACUAAACAUCCAGAAUUACAUAUUCGAUCAAUUACGGAAGCUGAACUGACGUCCAUGGAAGUUCGAUGUGUUCUUCAAUCGAUUGUCGAUGAAUCAGUCACUGUUGAACGCCCGGAACGUGGUCGGUUACAACGAUUACAAUUCCGUUUUUCAUAUGCUGAACUUCGAAGUGUCGGUAGCGAGAUAAACAUUUUAAGAGGCUCUACAAUUGAAUUACCUUGGGCUGUCGAAGGCGAAGGUCGUACACAAGUGGAUUGGUAUUACUUGAACGAAGCUAGUCGUGUCAGACAAGCUAUCGCUUUGGAUUCGUCAACCACCACCACCACUACGGGUAGUGGUAGCAGCAGUAAUUCCGGUUCAUCCACAAUGACAACUAUAUCAAAUUCUUCUGGAAGUGGCAGUAAUCGACAACAUACUAGUGAAUUACCAUGGGGUACUAAAUACGAAUUAGUAGACGGUGCUUACGGCAAUUUACGACUGAUCAAUUUAUCAGUGACUGAUUCUGGACAUUAUAUUGCCGAAUCAGUUCAUUUAGGACGUUCACUACGAAUAAAAUAUACGAUACGAGUUAGAGCACCUCUUGGUGUAAAAAUUACACCAAAUCGUCGAACUGUUGAUUGGGGUAGUCGUGUUGAAUUAACAUGUGAAGUAACUGGACAUCCACGUCAAUUAAUUUAUUGGUUACAUAAUUCACGUUUAGUUCCAAGACGUCAUCAUGUACGUCAUAUUCCAACACCAUUUACAUCAUCAACAGGGAUUAAUUAUAAUAAUAGUCCAUUGAAUUCAAUAUCUGAAAGAUUAAUUAUUGAAGCAUUUAAUUUAGAUGAUAUUGGUGUAUAUCAAUGUAUUGUUGAAAAUGGUCAUCCAACUGAUCGAUUUAGUUUAAGUAUGAAUGGACGUCAAUCUUCUGAUGAUUCUAUAUUUUCAUAUUAUGCUAAUACUAUGCCUUUAUCUACAAUGAUUCAUUCACAAAAUAAUACACAUACUACUACUACUAAUAGUAAUAGUAAUAAUAAUUCUAUAUCAAUAAAACAAACUCCGGAUCAAUUAUCUGAAAAUGAUCUAACAAGUCAAACAAAUUCAUUUUCUAGUCUUGAAAGUGUUGGUGAUCUAAUUGAUAAUGCACAAGCGACAGCUUUAUUAAUGAUGGGUAAAAUGCGUCCAUCAUUAACAUGGCAAAAUCCAGCUGUUGAAUUAGGUUCAUUAGCAUCACAAGUAUUAUUAUCAUUACAUAUGGGUACUACAGAUGCAUUAUUAGAGUGUAGAUUUGCUGCUAAUCCACCACCACAAAUUAUAUGGUAUCGUGAUGAUAAACCAAUAAUAUUUGAUGAUUCAAAUGUUCUCUCUGGUCAAGUAAUGUUAGAUGAAGGAACAGCUUGUACAACAAUUACACGACUUACAAUUAAUAUUCGCAAAUUGCAAAAUUUAGAUGAUAUGUGGACAUUUGGUGGUGAAUAUCGGGCAGUAGCUGAAAAUUCUUAUGGUCAAGCAGAUUGUCGAACUUAUGUGUUGAUGGAUACACCGCUUCGUCUACGUCCAAUGGAUAUUGGAAAACCGGCUAUAGCUGGUCGAGCCUAUACAUUAAAAUGUUAUUUUAUCGGUAGUGGAAUUCCUACACUUCAGUGGCAUCGUAUAAAAAAUGGUCAUGAUCUACGUCGUAUCCCUGUGGAUCAUCGACAUCAACUAUUAGAAAAUGGACGUGUACUUCGAAUAACUGAAGUAAAUCAAGAAGAAGAUGAAGCUGAUUAUCGUUGUACAGCUAAUUUAGGCGAUAUGACUGCUAAUACAUCUGUAUCAUUGAAAGUUUCACACGCUCCUCGUCUAUUUGAAUUACCACAAACACGACAAGUGAAAGAUGGUCGUGAUAUGUUGUCGUAUAGUUGUGCAUUACAAAAUAGAGCGGAUAAACCUUGGUAUGCAUGGUGGGAAUUUCAACGUGAAGGUACUAAUGCAAUUGUUCCGUUACCACCGUUUAAAAAGAAUGCAUACGAUGGUUUCUCAGUCUCGUAUGUUGUCUCAGAGAAUGAAGUUAUACCAUGGCGAUUACCUGAUAGUUUACGUGAACGAGUACCAUCAUUUGUACAUACUGAACCAAAUUCCGCUGUUCAUGUUAGUGUUAAUGAAUUACGAAAAGAUCAACAUCAUGGUAAUCUGACAUGUGUUGUUGUCAAUGAAGUUGGAACUGAUAGACAAUCGAUUCGUGUCACAUUUAUACCUGAAUUGGAAUUCGCUAUUCGACCGCCUAAUAAUCAAGAUGUAACUCUUGGACAAACAAUUUCAAUUGAUUGUGCGGCUAAACCAUCAGAUUUACAACCAGUUGUUGAAUGGAAAUAUUUACAGAAAACAACUGGAUCCUACGUUAGUGUAAGUCAAUUAUCUGAAGCAACAAAUGGACGUAUUGGUCAAUUAUCUAAUGGUACCUUAUUGUUAUCUAAUGUAGAUGAAUCGGAUCCAAGAGAAUUUCUAUGUUUUCUUAAACCAGGUAGAUUAUCAACUGCUGCACAACGUAGUUCAGCGGUUAAUUUAGAAGUACAUGUGCCUGCACGUAUUGAUCCAUUGGAUGCUGUUGAAAAAGUUCGCGGUUCUCGAUUCAAUUUAACUUGUAGCGUUUAUGGUGAUCCGGAUGAUUUAAAAGCAUCUUGGUAUUAUCGUUUAUCAUCAAAAUCACGUUGGCAAAUUAUUGAUAAACCAUGUGUUGUUCCAUUGGCUUACGUUGAUGGUGUUGCCCGUAGUAGUAGUGGUGGUGGGAGUACACAACGUGGUAGUGAUGGUGUAACAUUAGAACCUUCUAAAACCGAUGAUAAUAUAUUUUCUGAUCUUCGAGAUUUGUCAUUUGAUCCCUCAGACAAGUCAUCACCAUCACCAUCUACAGAGUUUAACAGAGAUUGGAGUCCUAGUUUAGCGGAUUGUCAGAGUUAUGCAACAGAAGGUUUAGAAAGUGGUAUACUAUUUCGUCAGGUUUCAUUUUUUAAACCAAAUAAACGGGGUUUAGAUAAACAAUUACAAUUUUUAAAUUUAAAAGAAGUUCAUAUGGGUGAAUAUUUAUGUAAAGCUUCUAAUAAAUAUAAUCGUAAUUCACGUGGUCAACCAAUUGAAGUAGAAGCAUUUGUACGACUUACUGUAAUUUCUGUCCCAGAUUCUGUUCAGUUUGUAUAUAAUAGUUCUAGAACAACGGCUACAAGUGUAUCAUUUUCAUGGUUACCACCUUUACGUGAUGGAAAUAAACCAAUACGUCAGUAUAGAAUUCGAUAUUCACAUUCAGAGCCAAGUGCUAAUGGUCCGAUGUCGUCUAUUCAACAGCCUAAUGUUACAGAAAUUGAUGUAUCUGAAAAUCAACAUCAUAUUGAAUUGAAUAAUCUUCGACCGUAUACAAAAUAUCAUAUUACCGUGGCUGCAAUUAAUGAUGUUGGACCUAGUGUUGAAAACGCUCUCGCGCUUACUACUCAAGAAGCUAAACCAGAUGGUCCAGUUCGUCGUCUUAUCGCCAAUGGAACUGCUUCUGAUACAAUUAUAGUUAGUUGGGAUAAUCCAGCAUUAGAACAUUUAAAUGGUAAUGUUGAUCGUUAUUGGAUUUGUCGACAACGUAUUAAAGAUAGUUUAUCAAUUGAAGAAUUAAUGGAACUUCCAUGGCCUGAAGACCCAAACGAUGAACACAGUACAUCAAUGCGUGGUCGUUAUAGUCGUGUACAUUGUAAUUUGAUUAUAAGACAAAUGGAUCAUGAAAUUAAUGGUCUACCAAAAUUCACUGCUUACGCUUUUCGUGUUAUUGCUAUGAAUAGUAAAGGUCUAUCACCUCCAGCUUAUACACAAACAAGAACUUUAGAAGAUUUACCGCAAGCUCCUCCUGCAGAUGUGACAUGUGCAUCUCAACAACAUAGUAUCACUGUUUCUUGGAAUCCGCCUAACCCUGACACGAUCAAUGGGAUUUUGACAGAAUAUCAUGUUAGUUAUUUUGCUGCGAAUGAAUAUGGCGAUGAAACGAGUUCAGUGAAUCAAGCUGUAAAAGGUCAAACUACAGUGACUUUAGCUGGUCUGUUAGCCUAUACAAAUUACACUAUCCAGGUCGCUGUUAGUAAUCGUAAAGGACGAGGUCCGGCGUCACCAAGAAUUAUUUGCUUAACUAAAGAAGCUCCUCCAGGUGCACCAGAGUUCGUCAAAGUGAAACCGAUUAAUUCAUCAUGUAUUGUUGUUUCAUGGUCACAUCCUCGUAAACCUCAGGGACAAAUGAAGAGUUAUUGUUUAGAAGCUAUACCAUUGUUAGAUACUGCACAGGAUGGUUUUAUUAAUCUUUUUGCUUUUCCUUCAAUUUCAUCAUCUCCAUCAUCGUCAUAUAACAGUAAUGAUAAUAAUAAUGAUCGUGCUAAAGGACCGUGCGUACGACCAGAUUUUACAAGCUCAUACAAUUACUACUUUUACUGCGGUUUAAUUGAAGAACGACCAUAUAAUAUAUCUGUUCGCGGCAUAAAUCAAUUUGAUGGUCAUAAAACAUGGGCAGGACCUAUUCGUCCAACUGCUAAUCCACCAAUUGGAAUUAUAUCGAUUGGUGGUAAAAUAAUUGCACAAAACAAAAUGAGUAUUUGGAUGGAUUGUUUAAUUAUUGGUGGAUAUCAACCACAUUGGAUAUAUCCACAUGAUGAUCUUGAAGAUUUACAUAUUAUGGAUAAUGGUACAUUAGUUGUAGAAACUGCACGUGUUGCUCAUAGUGGACAUUAUAAGUGUUCCACUGUAUCUGAUAGUAUAUCAUACGAUUUACUUGUACAAGAAAUCCUUGAAGAACCUCCGCGUAAACCAAUUUGGCAUAAAUUCACACCAAGUCUACGUGGUAUACAAGCUGAGUGGUUAUCACCUGGGUCUAAACGUCUUGAUGCACCUAUUCUAUGGUUUUAUUUAAAUUGGACUAAUUUACAUACUGGACAAAUGGAAACUAUACGUUUAUCGGCUGAUCAACGUACUUAUUAUCUAUCGAAUUUAACAUGUGCUACCACGGUUAAAUUUCAGUUAAAAGCUGAAAAUAAAGUUGGCAAUAGUUCACUAACUGAUGUCACCUCAUGGACUACAUUAGGUUCCUCUCCAUUAACUGCUAAUGCAGCUCAAUUAAUACCGAAUAAUUUACGACAACAAUAUUCUGUGACAUUUAAUCUGUCAAAUUUUCUCCCAGGCAACGGUUGCCCACCUACUACAUACCGUCUAUUGAUUGCACCAUCAGAAGAUGGGCAUUUUGGUUUAAAACAAACAAUUAUUAAUCAAACAUUAACUAGAUCAGAUCUUAUAACAGUAGAUAUAUUAAAUAGAGAAAGAUGUUGUUACAAUGUGACUAAUUUGAAUUCAGGAGCACAUUAUCAUUACAAAGUUGUAGCAACCAAUGCUGCAGGAUCAGCCAGUGUUCAAGGUCAAUUCUGGACAAGAACUGUUUCAGGACGUGAACCUGUACUCAAACAAAUACAUUUACUUGGAAAAGCUAAUUUCUUUUUACAACCAACUGUUAUUGUACCAACUACAGCAUUAUUUGCUAUUAUAAUUGUUGUUGUUAUUGCAUUAAUAUUCUUUUGUCGUCAUCGACGUUUAGAAGAAGAUUUAUGUCCAAAUAAAAGUAUCACUGUAACCCAUAAUGAUUUACGAUCAAAUCAAACAAAUAAUAAUUUACAACAUCAACAAACAACAAAUAUUGGUCAUUCAUAUCAUUCUUAUCAUGUUGGCAGUGGUGGCGGCGGUGGUGGUGGUGGUGAUCCACGACGUGUUCCUACUGCUGUUAUUUCCACCAGUACUACUAAUUCUGGUAAAGGAAGAUCAUCUUCGGGUCAUGGACAUGAUAAUCUUCCACCGAUUCCUUCUUCAGGACAUCAACAACAUGAUACAAAAUCUACUACAAUUGUACCUGUUGGACGUCAUAGAACUGGUUUUAAAAGCUGGCUCAAUGGUACACGAAUGCGUCUUUAUGAUCGUGGACAUCCAGUCAAGCCUUCAGAACAAUCUGUACAUGUUGGUUCAUCUCAAGUGAAUAAUCAUAUUACUGGUGAUGAAGAUGAACGUUUAUCCACUAAUUCAGUCGAUAGUGAAGGUAAUAUCAAUCCGUAUGCAACGUAUGCAGCAACCGGUUUCGGUGAUCGAACAGAUACAGUAGGUACAAGUGCCAAUCUAACUGGACCUGCUGUUCCUGGUAGUGGCGGUAUCAAAUCUUCAGUAGUUUCCGGUCCAGUAAUAGAUAAAAAUAUGAUCGGACCAAGAGGUGUGCGAUCAACACGAGAUUUAAACAUGAAUCAUGGAAAUCACAAUGUGAAUAUAUCAAAAUCAUCUUGGAACACUGUAUUCAGACGUGGUCUUUCAAUUCCUUCAAACCCAGACUCUAUGAUCACUACUAUGUCUGGACAUCAUUAUCAUUAUCCAAAUUUAGAUUCAUCGAUUGGUAAUUCUACACUUGGUCGUCCUCAUCUUAUUCGUGUCGGUUCUAGUGGUCGAUUAAGGUUAGCUCAGCAUAUGAUUGAUCCACGAUUAGUUCCACCAUCGACAGCUGCUCUUAUUGAUCCAAUGAUGCUUGGACCAUAUGAUAAUGGUACACUGGAAGGUAAUGAUUCAGAAAAUACAGUUGAUGAAUUCGUUGCAAGAGGAUCAGUAUUAGGUCCUCUAAGAAAUGGAAUAAUACGACGAAUUAAUUCAUUUGAGUCUUUACAUCAAUUGCCAAGAGGACGUUCACGAACUUAUCAUCAAGGUUUUGCAGCUUGUAUACCAGGUGGACGAACGUUACCAUCAAUGGGAAUUAAUGUAUCAGGAUCUGUUGUUGGCCCAAAUGCUUCAGUUUCAUUCUAUGAAUCCGGUGGUACCAGUGGUAUUCAACCAUCUGAUCCAUCUGUAGCAUAUCGUGGAAGUGUACUAUCAAGUACAACAGUCUCGUCAAAUCAUGAAGAAUUGAUGCAAGCUUAUGAGUAUGGUAGAAAGCAUCAAUUAAAAUCAUGUCUUACUUUACCGUCAAAUACUGUUAUACCACCUCAUCUUGUACCAUCUGGUAAUCUUGGUACACAUUUAAUUCCUACACAUAUAGGUAUGGGUCUUGAUAAUUCCCAUCAUCAUCGUCAUCGCCAACAUCAUCCUUCAACUGGUGCCGUUGUUGUGCCUCACUCAACAUUAACUGGAGUUACUGUUGGUGGAAUUGGAGAAGGAGAAAUCAGUGGAGAAUCGGCAUCGAGUGAUGCAACUGAUUCAGGUAUUCGACAAUUUACUCAACAACCACCUCAACCGGAUGAAGCAAGACAUGCUACAUGUGAAAUUCCAUUUGUUUACGAUGUUAAUCGACUGACUUCACGACGUAUGGUUCCUAUCGUUGGUGGUGGUACAUCAAUACAUCGUGGAAAUGAUACUUCCUUAUUUAAUCAUUCACGUACAAAAUCUAAUAGUAAUCGUUUACAACAAUCAAGAUUUGUAAGAUGUAAUUCUGAUUGUCCAUCAGAUAUGACAGAUACAUACGCUACAGUAGAUUAUAAUGGUAUUACUAGUGGUACUGUUAUUCCUCCACCUUAUAAUUUAUCAUCAACACAACAAAAUUCAAUUCGAAUUAAUCAAUUAACAACAACUGGAGUUGGUGGAAUUCAAAAAAAUUUAUAUGAACAAAAAAUGGAAAAUAAUAUUAUACCUCGAUCUUAUCAACCACUUCCUGCACCACCAUUAUCUACAAUUGCAUAUUGUGACACUGAUGAUCCAUCGACAGCUUACGGUCCAAUCACCACUACAUCAUAUGAUGAUGAAUCUGAUCAAUGUCAACCAACUUCUUAUUAUUAUCAUCAUCAUCACCAUCAUCCUCAUCAUCCAUCGUCAUCUGGAAUUAAUAUUAUGCCAAAUUUCAAUAAUAGUAGUAAUAAGAAAUUGAUCAGUGGAUUCAAUAAUCCAUUACCUCAUCAAAUAGUUGGAUCAGAUUCUAAUCAAAUGAGACGAAGAGUUUUACCAAUUAAUUUACCUACAAAUACACGAGAUUUACGAAAACAAUCAUCAACUAACAGUCGUAUAAAUAAUAGUCGUCAAUUGGAUAGAUUACAUACAAGACAAUUAUCAGAAAUCACUGGAGAAGAAAGUGUUGGAUUACUUUCAGUUGCUGGCAUGUCAGGUUUAUCUAAUCCAAAUCCAAUUGACAUUUCUAAUUCUACAAUCCAUGGUCAAGUCUAUACUACUACUACUACUCCUGCUACUACUACUACUGCUGGAGUUCGAUGGAAUACAUUUUCUACAAAUGUUAUUCAUUCUUCAAAUGGAAUAAAUUAUCAUGAUGGUGAUAUUGAUACUGGCGGCGGCGGCGGCAGUAGUGUUAAUGUUGGUACUGUUGGAUAUCAGGGAAAUUCUUCUUCUACUAUGACUACACAUCAUCCAACUGAACCAAUUGAAGAGAAUGUGUACACUUCAGAAUUUGUACUUGUUUAA